GGAAGAUGGUGGACUUGGCGACAGCAGCGUGCUCAAAACUCCGUCCCAAACACUUUGGAAAAUAUUUACUAUCUCAACCUGGUAUUAGAUACAGAUUACCGGGGGACAAUCAUAGAUAAUACACCGAGAAAACAGUUGAAGAAAGUGACUUUUCCGCCGCCUGACAACUCUUUAUUCCACAAGUGAAGAAAGCGGGGAGUUGCUGAGCGUGCUGGCGGUUGCUGCUCGUGAACGGCGCUAGCCAGCGUUAGCCAAAGUGUCAACAAAAGUGCGCGAGGAGGUGUAAUUUUGGGAGCUUUUCAUCCAGCUGUGAGGACACACCGCGGAGACUAUCCAGCCCUCCACUGCUGACACCUUCACAUCAACUGUCAAACCUGCGAGGAGCCGAGUUGACAGUUUGACUGAGAGCAAGCUAACGUGAGCUAGCUAACACCAGCUAGCUUUGUUGUGAAGUGUGGAUCAAAGCGUUAGUCGAAAUGCCACGGAGUAAAAAGGGGAAACGUGGCUCCGGCAAGCCGGGCUCUCUUCGUCAGGAGGUUCUUCAGCUGCAGCUGUCGGCUAAAGCCUCACUGAAAGGUAUGAGAAAUGGGGUGAAGGGAGAGUCGGGUGCCAGUGACGAUGAGCUGAUGUCUGAUAUUCUCAGCCACUGCAGCAGUGCCAGCGAAAGCACCUCUGUGCUGGAAGAGAGCACAGGAGGGGAGCAGGUGGAUGAGCAGACUGCCCAGGAGGAAACAGAAGACAAACUCAAGCAGUGUAUAGACAAGCUGAUGGAUAAGAGCGCUAAGACGCGUCUAGCAGGUCUGGAGUCAUUGCGACAGGCCUUCUCCUCCAGAGUGCUGUACGAUUUCCUGACAGAGAGACGCCUCACCAUCAGUGACUGCCUGGAAAGGUGUCUUAAAAAGGGCAGUGCAGAGGAGCAGGCAGCGGCGGCCACGGUCUUCACCCUGCUCUGCAUCCAGCUUGGAGGUGGAGACGAGGCAGAGGAGGGCUUCAAGAUGCUUCGCCCCAUCCUCACAGCAAUUCUGAUUGAUAACAGUGCCAGUAUAACAGCUCGCCAGAGUUGUGCCAGAGCUUUGGGGAUGUGCUGUUAUGUCUCUACUGCAGAAGAAGGAGAGGAUUUAGUCAAGUCAUUGGCCCUUCUGGAGAAUGUGUUCAAGUCUUCCUACCCCAACAGAGAGGGAACGCUGCCUACACCCAAACCUGGCAGUCCAGGCCUUCACAGUGCCGCCCUGCAGGCCUGGUCGCUGCUGGUCACCCUCUGCCCAGCAUCUAGACUGACUACGCUGCUUGACCUUCACCUCCCUAAGCUGCAGGCGUGUCUGGAGAGCAGUGACGUCAACUACAGGAUAGCAGUAGGAGAGACCAUUGCCAUGCUGGUGGAGCUGGGACGAGAUAUAGACGAGGAAUAUGAGGUGGAGGACAGUGAAAGUCUGUGUGAAAGUCUGAAGAGUUUAGCCACAGACGGCAACAAGCACCGAGCCAAGAACGACAGGCGGAAACAGCGCCACAUCUUCAGAGAGGUGCUGCAUUACAUAGAGAAUGAAGACUUCACAGAGGAGAGGAUCAGGUUUGGAGUGGAGAGCGUUUACAUCGACAGCUGGAUGAGGAGAAGAAUCUAUGAUGCCUUCAAAGAGAUCCUGGAGUCUGGAGUCAGCCACCAUCUGCAGUUCAACCCACUACUGAGAGACAUCUUUGGCCUCGGCCCUCCCCUCAUCCUGGACGCCGCUGUUAAAGUCAACAAGAUCUCUCGAUUUGAGAAGCAUCUUUUCAAUUCAGCAGCUUUUAAGGCCAGGACUAAACAGAGGAGCAAAGUCAGGGACAAAAGGGCUGACGUCAUGUGAGAGGAGGACAAGAACGGACUGAAUGGAUGAGCACCCGAGGAACUCCUUGGGCCGUAUUCAGACGGAUACAAAAUGAUGCCUUCAACACUUCAGCUGUCAGACACACAAAGACACAGCAAACCUAUUACAGGGCUUUUCACAUGUGCUCUUCACCUGCAAACUAAUAGUCCAGAUUCAAGAUGGCCGACAUGUAUUCUUGGCUCCCACAGGCAAAGGCAUUUUUACUGUUCCUCCUUGAGAGCAUUUGCUAUUUGAUUAUUUGUGACACAAAAUGGAGUGAACAUAAGUUGCUCAUAGUAUUUCCCAAAAGUUCUGAUGUUUCAAAGUGGAUAUCAACUGCAAAGCAAUGCUAAAGCUUUAACGCAGGAUUAAAACAGCUUCAUUACACAGGAGAGGAAAAGAUAUCAAAAUGUCUUUUAUUAAUUUUACCAAUGAAAAUACAGAAAAAGUGAAGUAUUAAGUUUCAUUGUGAGACUCAUUUUAAAGCUUUAUGGUUCACUUGAGAUCUGUGGAAGCCGUCCAUGUUACAAUCACUGCAACCCUCUUUGGUGCUGAUGAGUAUUGUUUCCGAUACUCAGCUUGAACUGCUGCCUGGUGCCUUGACAGGUCAGUCAAGUCUUUUUAAUCCUAAUUAUUGACUUCAGUUACCACAUAAAGCUGCUUUUCCUGGACGUAUAACCAGUCCUGGUAAAUCUCUGAAGUUUAAUACCCGAGCAUCAACUUCUGUUAAAGCAAAAAAAAAAAAAAAAAAGGAAAUCUUGUGGAGAACCUCUCCUCUGGGCUAAAUAUUCCUCGUUAUUCCCUCAGUCGUCCUGUCUUUACACUUGGAGUGGCUGCUGCAGCUGCCAAACCACAAACUGACUCUACAAACAAUGCAACCUAAAAGAAAACUGUGUGGUGUUUGUGUGAGGGUGUGUGUUUAAAAUGAAUUUUAUUUAACAUCAUAAAAUAAAACAUAAAAUGACAUAAACAAGAAGAUGCCUAUUAAAGAAUCAAGAGAUAAUAUUGUCAUCUUUGUAUUAAUAUUUUUUUUGAGAGGAAAAAUACGUUUUAACCAUUUUUGGUGGAUGAUGUAUUUCACCUUCUAAUUUAUUAAAGAAACAGUACUGUGUGAUUUUUAAGAACAUUAAAAAUGCUAAGAACUGUUUACAGAUACAAUUAUGGGAUGACGAUGAAGAAUUUCUAGUUUUGUUUUUGAUGUAUAUUUUUAAUGCGGGUUGGUGGGUCAUACAAUCUAUCCAUGUGCAUGUAUUGCAGAUAGACUGUACACAGGGACUUACGGUAAGAUGUGUACUUGAAUCAUUAGAUGCAUUUGAAUGAUUUUUCCUCGGAUGAGCCAUGUGCCACGAACCAGAGCUGCUGACCAGAUGUUUGAUGGUGUUAUUUGUAAUGGCAGUCAGUUGUUUUUCAUUAUAUGAAGUUUAAAGAGCGCACUUAAAGCUGCCUGGGAUCUCAUCUGCUUUCAAAGUUCAUACUUUUGAAUCGGGUUUGACCCUCUGGAUGAAGUGCAGCAGCAGGCCUCUCAUAUUACAGCUUCACCUAAUGGUCUCAUCAGUAGUUCUGGUGUUAAGGCACAUGGACAGAAGAUGGAUCAAAUUAAAUAAAGACUAUUUAAGCACA